AUGGAGAAGUCAGCAUCCUUCUCCACUGAGAAACAGGGCAGUCCCGGGCCUAACCCUGGCGGUCGCACCACAGAAAAAGGAUCUCUGGAUGGAAAGACCAUUAAAUGGAUAAUUGUCAACGUCGCCGCGACUGUGGGAAUCGUCUACAUCAACAAAUCCAUCUUCUCCAACCCAUCCUUCCGUCAAUGCCAGCUCAGUUUCGUGGCAUUCCACUUUGCCAUCACUUGGAUCACGCUUUAUCUGGCUUCUCGACCGGCAGUGGGCGCUUUCACUCCGGUGAAGACGAGCCUGAUGGCCAUUCUCCCGCUGACGAUCGCCAUGGGCGGUAAUGUGGUACUGCAGAACCUUUCGCUGGCCCACUCGUCGGUGGUUUUCUACCAGAUUGUGCGGAUUCUACUCACUCCACUGACGGCGCUGAUGAAUCUUUUCAUCUAUGGGUCGCGCAUCCCAGCCCUGGCAGGCCUGGCUCUGGUGCCCGCCUGUCUAGGGGUCGGGGUCGUCUCGUACCUUGAGGCCGUGACAAAGCAACACGCCGUCUCGGCCUCUGGAACAACACUGUCGGCCACAACCAUGGUUGGUGUCGUCUUCGGCUUUGCCGGCGUCGCCAUCUCCGCACUCUACACUGUAUGGGUCUCGGCGUACUAUCGCAAGCUCAAAAUGAGCAGUGUUCAGCUCCUCCUCAACCAGAUGCCUCUUGGUGGCCUCAUGCUCGUUGUGGCCAGCUACUUCACCGAUACGUAUCCGGUGUGGAGUCAGGUUACCAACCGGCAGUGGCUUAUGAUUUCGGCUAGCGGGAUCUGCGCCAUGCUCAUCAACGUCUCCCAAUUCUACAUCAUCACGCAUGCCGGUCCUGUCAGCAGCACUGUUGUCGGCCACCUGAAGACCGUCAUGGUCAUCGGUCUAGGCUGGGUCGUCAAGCAUGAAAUGGUUGGGGCUGAAAGCGCGCUCGGCGUCUCCCUUGCGGUGCUGGGGAUUAUCGGGUGA